AUGAGUUCAGAAGAGCGGUGGAGCGUUAGUGGAGUCCUGUUGGCAGCAGCGGUUGUUGCCUUGUACCUUACUUUUGAUGUUCCUUAUCUGCUCUUUAUGAAGAAAGCUAUCGAGCAGAGCAUUGAUUCUAAGAUAGAUCUUCUUCAUGUCUCUGUAGCAGGACUUCUCAUAAUUAUUUGCGUUAUGUUCGCUAUAUUGGUGGUCUUUAACAACAGACCUACUACUCAGUUAGGUCACUGCAGACCUAAGAGAAUCUUCCCUUUUAUCUUCAUCGGGUUCCUGAUUCUCCUCCACUUCGUGCUGACAGUAGUAGUGUCCGCUAAAGUUAGUGACCAGGAGAAGAGUAGACUGAGAGAGUAUGUUCCCAACUAUUGGAACUAUCACACUGACUCUGUAAACCAACGCUAUGUGGACGAUAUUCAGAUAUCACUGUCGUGUUGUGGGAUAAGCUCUGUUGAUGAUUACGGUACAAUGAACAUCCCGCCUAGCUGCUGUGAUAACAAAGGGUGUGACAAGGAGCGGGCUCACGAGAUGGGGUGCUACAAGAAGAUAUCCACACUACUCAUCACCCAAACAACCCUCCCCAUAUUGGCUAGUGGUAUAAGUCUGAUAAUAAUCGGAGUUAACAUUGCUGGCCUGAUAAGGAUGAGAUUUGGAAAUGGGUGUUACUCUGAUCUGUACAGCAGAGAGGUGACCAGACCUCUGAUACAGGAGGGGUAGGGGACAGCUGAGUAGGGGACAGCUGAGUAGAGGACAACAGUGCUGAUAUAGGAGAGGUAGGGGACAGCUGAGUAGAGGACAACAGUGCUGAUACAGGAGGGGUAGGGGACAGCUGAGUAGAGGACAACAGUGAGCUGAUAUGUUGACUGGAGAUGUUAAACGUCCCCUCAGCAAGGAUGUUUUAAUUAUUCGUGUAAAUAUAAUUUAACGUUAAUUUGAAAAUGUUAAUUUUCAUUUUGAUUUUAAUCUAAUUAUUAAUGAUUUUAAAUUUUUAUCAUCGGAUUUAUCAGUUUUGUAGUGUUAAGUAUGUUUUUGUAAAUAAUUGUUAAAUAAUUGUUAAGUAUGUUUUUGAAACUUUAUUUUUGUCGAUACUUUAAAAUAAAUUUGGUAAAUAACCAGUCAGAUCUAAAACAAAAAAGACAAAUUUCAGUUUUUUGCGUGUUUUGAUAUAAUUGUGAGCACAUCGUGGUAGUAACCACUAGUAACCACUAGUAACCACUAGUAACUAUUAGUAACCACUAGUAACCACUAGUAACCACUAGUAACUAUUAGUAACCACUUACUGGUGAGUUCACGUGACGAAUGAUUUUUAUGCUCAGAUCAUCUGAAAUAGGUUGAGAAAAAACGGUUUUAUCAGCAUGUGUUUAAUAAGCAUCGCGAAGUGAACACGGGAGAUGAUGCUAUGGUUAAUUUGUUGAAGGAGGGAAUUUUAUCGUAAUGUAGCUAAAUUUUAUAUUAACGCGUUCAAUUUUACUCACAUUUUAUCAAAUGUUUGAUUUUAGUUUGUUACGUACUGUUUUUUACACAUUUGUUAUCUUAUUGAGGUAAAUCAUAUAUUUGUUUUCAUUUUGUUAAUUAAUAAAUAGCAGUGCUGCAAUGUUCAAAUUGUUUCUUAAAGUCUCAAAUUGUUGAUGCCAGAUUGAAUACUGUAUAAAAUAUCAUGUUUCUCAUUUCGUCCCAGUAAUGAACACUACGUUCGUACU